CCCCGCCGAUUUUAAAAGAGCGACAGACGGGCCUGGGGAUGAAUCGGACAAAGAUGGCGGACGGAAGUACGGCCAUCCACGACUUGAAAACGAAAAACCAUUUACAGAGUCUCAUAAGCCAGAACACCUCUCUUUACCUUUGCACAGGACCAGGGAAGGGGAAAAAGAAACGAAAAAAUAAGGGACGAGGCGCUGCUGGCAGAGGACGUGGCAGAGGACAAGAUUUAUCCACUCCUGGAAGACAAGAAGGUGCAGGAAAGCCUGUCGGUGAUGACGAAGUUGAAGGUGAAGGCGAAGAAAAGUCUGCUACAGGAGCAAGGUCCGUUCCUGAGCCUUCAAGCUCUACAAGAACUGAACAUGACGAACUGCCAGAGCCAGAGAUAGGGCGAGAGAGACCAAGAAAGACCGACACCAGAGCUAACGAGAUAGUAGGGGAAGGCGGUCGAGUUGCUCCUGCCGAGGCCAAUUCUACAGCAUUUGAUGAGCAACAAGAGCCAGGCUGUUCUGCUCCUAGGGCCAAGACCAAAUUAAAAGGAAAACAACAACAAGUUCCUGGUCCGAGCAAGUUAUCUACGUCAUCUCCUUCCUCUGGCACCAACGUUAAGGAACCUCAAAGUGUGGCAGCUGCCAACACCACUGCCUCUACUGUGUCUUCUACUGUGACUGCUGCUGCUGCUGCUGCCGAGGCAGCUAGUGUACCGGCUAGUUCUUCUGCUGCUGUUAAGACAGCUGGUGUCCCAACCACCACUGCUGAUGGUAAACAAGAUGUAGAAAAAUUAGCAACAGAGCUUGCCUCAAGCUUGACUGCAAAAGGUAAAUUUAAUGGUUUGAUUCUGAAUAUUGACUGUCAGCAUUUGUAAAAGUUGUUGUAAUUUUUUCGCAGAUAGUGGCUAAAAUGUACAUUGUAGCCUUGGAAAGACAAUCAGGAAAGGGAUGAAACUAUUUAUAUACAUGUGCACUUUGCUAUUACCCGUAGCCAACAUUAACACACACAGAGCAAGACUGCACCUACAGUAUACAUGUAGCUCGAAGCUUUUUUACUGCACAUGCACCAAGUUUGUCAUACACAGGCACUGUACAGCAUUAAGGGCCCAUU